GAGUUCCUGCGGCAGUACCGAGUGGGCACGGACCGGACGGGCUUCACCUUCAAAUACAGGGAUGAGCUUAAACGGCACUAUAACCUGAGACAGUACUGGGUGGAGGUGGAGAUGGAAGACUUGGCCAGUUUUGAUGAAGAUCUCGCUGACUAUCUGUACAAGCAGCCAGCAGAGCACCUGCAGCUGUUGGAAGAAGCAGCUAAAGAAGUAGCAGAUGAGGUGACCCGUCCUCGCCCUUCAGGGGAAGAAGCUCUCCAAGACAUCCAGGUGAUGCUGAGAUCAGAUGCCAAUGCAGCCAGUAUCCGCAGCCUGAAGUCUGACCAGAUGUCCCACCUUGUCAAGAUCCCUGGCAUUGUAAUUGCGGCAACCCCUGUGAGAGCCAAAGCCACCAGAAUAGCCAUCCAGUGCCGCAGCUGCCGCAACACCAUCAGCAACAUUGCUGUGCGCCCAGGCCUGGAGGGUUACGCUCUCCCCAGGAAAUGCAACACAGAACAAGCUGGCCGCCCAAAGUGCCCGCUGGACCCCUAUUUCAUCAUGCCAGAUAAGUGCAAGUGUGUGGACUUCCAGAUUUUGAAGCUGCAGGAGUCUCCAGAUGCUGUGCCACACGGGGAGAUGCCUCGGCACUUGCAGCUCUACUGUGACAGGUACCUGUGUGACAAAGUUGUCCCAGGGAACAGGGUCACUAUCAUGGGCAUCUACUCCAUCAAGAAGUCCGCCCAGAGCAAGAACAGAAGCCGUGAUAAUGUGGGUGUGGGCAUCCGAAGCGCUUACAUCCGUGUGGUGGGCAUCCAGGUGGAUGUGGAGGGCUCAGGACACAGCUUUGCUGGCUCUGUGACCCCUCAAGAAGAGGAGGAACUUCGUCGCCUUGCAGCCAUGCCCAACAUCUACGAGACCAUCGCCAAGAGCAUCGCGCCCUCCAUCUAUGGCAGCACUGACAUCAAGAAGGCCAUAGCCUGCCUCUUAUUUGGAGGCUCUCGCAAGAGGCUCCCGGACGGGCUGACCCGCAGAGGAGACAUCAACUUACUGAUGCUGGGUGACCCUGGCACAGCCAAAUCUCAGCUGCUAAAAUUCGUUGAGAAGUGCUCGCCUAUUGGGGUGUACACCUCAGGGAAAGGCAGCAGUGCUGCUGGCUUGACGGCCUCGGUGAUCCGUGACCCUUCCUCCAGGAGUUUCUUCAUGGAGGGAGGAGCCAUGGUGCUGGCGGAUGGGGGAGUGGUGUGCAUCGAUGAGUUCGACAAGAUGCGGGAGGAUGACCGCGUGGCCAUUCACGAGGCCAUGGAGCAGCAGACCAUCUCCAUUGCUAAGGCAGGAAUCACAACCACCCUAAACUCCCGCUGCUCAGUGCUGGCAGCUGCCAACUCUGUCUUCGGGCGCUGGGACGAGACCAAGGGUGAGGAGAACAUCGAUUUUAUGCCCACCAUCCUCUCCCGAUUCGACAUGAUCUUCAUCGUCAAGGAUGAGCAUAACGAGGAACGAGAUAUGACACUGGCCAAGCAUGUGAUGUCCUUACACGUGAGCGCCUUGACGCAGACGGAGGCCGUGGAGGGCGAGAUUGAGUUGAACAAGCUGAAGAAGUUCAUCUCCUUCUGUCGGACCAAGUGUGGUCCUCGGCUGUCGGCAGCGGCAGCGGAGAAGCUGAAGAACCGCUACAUCCUGAUGCGGAGCGGCACUCGCCAGCACGAGCAGGAGAGCGACCGUCGCUCCAGCAUCCCCAUCACCAUCCGGCAGCUGGAGGCCAUCGUGCGCAUUGCCGAGUCCCUAGGGAAGAUGAGGCUUCAGCCCUUCGCGACCGAGGCGGAUGUUGAGGAGGCCUUGCGGCUCUUCCAGGUGUCCACACUUGAUGCAGCCAUGUCGGGCAGCCUGUCAGGGGCGGAAGGCUUCACGACACAGGAGGACCAGGAGAUGCUGUCCCGCAUUGAGAAGCAGCUCAAGCGCCGCUUUGCCAUUGGCUCUCAGGUGUCAGAGCACAGCAUCGUCCAGGACUUCAUGCGGCAGAAAUACCCAGAACACGCCAUCUACAAGGUGCUGCAGCUGAUGAUGCGGCGGGGGGAGAUCCAGCACCGCAUGCAACGCAAAGUCCUGUACCGCAUCAAGUGA